UCCUACUUCCGGUUUAACUACAGUUAGCUUCACACAGUUGAGUUUAUGUAACAGCCCCUCAGCUCAGCUACCGUGUUAUGAAACUGAGCUCAGCUGUCAGGUCACGUGUUUCCAGAUGAGGGGACAGCUGCUGACUCCAUAAUUUUCAAUCAAUGGAAACACACUGAAAGGUCCUCUGUGUUGAAGUUCAGGACAUUUCCAUCAUGCAGUUGGAGGCUCAGCUGCGUCUCUGUCAGAGCUGUCUUUGGUGCUGCAAGAGUGGACUACGUCUGCUCUCCCAGAGCGCUGCAUACAGAAAAGCUGUGAACUACUAUGAUCUCCUGGGAGUCAAAACUGAUGCGACCUUGGAGGAAAUAAAAAAUGCAUUUUUUGACAAAUCUAAAAAGCUGCACCCAGACAGCGACCCGUCCAACCCGGGGCUGCACAGUCAGUUUGUGGAGCUGAACGAGGCCUAUCGAGUGCUCAGCAAGGAGCCGAGCAGGAAGGAGUAUGACUUGAAAAUCAGACACCCCUACAGCGGGAGCCAGGCCUUCAGAUCUACCUCCAGUCACACCAGCUACAGAGCCAGUACAAUGGCGCAGGACAACAUUCGUUAUUGGGAGCAGUUCCGUCACUCUCAAGCUCAGGAGAUGACAGCAGAGGAGUGGCAGAAGAGGAGGAGGAGGAACUUCCGCCUGGUGGGCUACUGCAUCAUCACUAUGUUUCUCAGUGUUGGAGCCCACAUGGUCUUCUUCAGUAAACUGGAGGAAGUUCACAAUAACUUCAUGGACGAGAAAGAUCGAGUCAUCACAGAAAUAUACAAUGAAUCCAAAGAGAGAGCGAGGAUCAACGGCUUUAAGAGACAGACAGAAAUCCUGCGGCAGAAACACGCGGAGUUUCUGGAGAAAUACAAAAUCAACAACGAUGGAGAGAACAAGUAGGAGAGUCUCCAGCUGUGCUACGUGAUGACCGAAAUCGUCUGGGAAUCAAGUUUGAGCUGCCAGCAGGAGGAAUAUGCAGCUGACUGGAUGUGGUAGUAGUUUUUAGAGUUUUUAAAGUUUAUUCUGACCUAUUUACACAUGUUGAUACACCCUCGUUUUGCCCUCGCUAGUGACGCUGGGGAAUGACAUGGGUGUGACGUGGGAAGGUUUCUUUAUUGUCACUCAUGGUUUAUUUCUAACCAAGCUGAGCUGUGUUAAACUGGACUUUAAAGGUUGCUCAUAAAACAUUUAUACCGAUGCUGCUGUUCAAAGGAUCUAGAUGCAGUUUGUACACAAACCUCUCCGCUGUUUGUUCAGAGGAGCCGUAAUGAACACUGAUAAACUGCCUUUAAUGAAGUCAAAGUAACAUGUUAUCGUCCUCAGAUCGACUUUGGUGUCGGUGGAACAAAGCAGGUGAGACUCAGACGUGUUGAUCGAGUCAUGAUGAGGCGACUGUUGUAAAGCUGAUAUGUUUCUCGGUGCUAAAAGAAACUGAUAUUGAUUAAAAUCACAUCUCCGGUAGCACACAAGAGGACGCUGUACUAAGAGUUUGAUGGGACUCGUUCUGUAAAGGGGGCAUUGAGGAGGAUGCACAUGCAAAGUCUACAUUUUCAGCAUGAAUGUUUUUAGGGGUAAAAUGGUUAAAACAUGACACAUCACUGGGUGUGUUCAUCAUUCCCAGCUGCCGAAUUUUGGGAUAUCACUGGUCAGCUCCUCAUUGUUCCCUCUAUUGAUCCUCUGUUACUGUAGAAAUGAUCAGAUGGAGGCGCAACUCCAUUUGUUAGAAAUGGAAUUUAUGAAUGAUCAAUAUCAUGACUUGAAAAAGGGUAACACAGUAGUAAUUUAUUUAUAGUCAAACUGUAACUAAUAAUACAGAGACUGUGGAAAUGUGCAAACUGAAUGGAAAGAUGAUUACUGAUAAAAAACAUCUUCACUGUUCAUUUCAACAAGUUCAAGUACCAACAUUUACCAUUUUGCCUCUCAGUUUUUAGAUAUUACAGAUUGUUGUUUUUUCUGUUUUUGAUUGCCUUAUCUUCUCCCUGUUGGGACGUCAGUGAGAAAUUAUUAAAAGAUCAACUUUGUCUCGUCAAUCAUUA